AGCCUUGUCGGGCGUCACUGGGCAUCUCUCCCAAGGGCUGUGAACUCCUAGCCUUGUGCUUGCUCCUCCGAAGAUGCAGCGGCUGUUGACUCCGGUGAGGCAGGUCCUACGAGUGAAAGCAGCACUGCGGGAGGCCUCCCUGGCACCUGCUCGCCUGCUCCCUGCAGCCCAGCAAAGGUUCUCCACAGUCUCUGCUACCCCCCUGGCCAAAACAGAUACCUGGCCAAAGGAUGUGGGCAUCCUCGCCAUGGAGGUCUACUUCCCAGCCCAAUACGUGGACCAGACUGACCUGGAGAAGUUUAACAAUGUGGAAGCAGGAAAGUAUACCGUGGGCUUGGGUCAGACCCAGAUGGGCUUCUGCUCGGUCCAGGAGGACAUCAAUUCCCUGUGCCUGACAGUGGUGCAACGGCUGAUGGAGCGCACACAGCUCCCGUGGGACUCCGUGGGCCGGCUGGAAGUGGGCACAGAGACCAUCAUUGACAAGUCCAAGGCUGUCAAAACGGUGCUCAUGGAACUCUUCCAGGACUCAGGCAACACGGACAUCGAAGGCAUAGAUACCACCAAUGCCUGCUAUGGUGGCACUGCCUCCCUCUUCAACGCCGCCAACUGGAUGGAGUCCAGCUAUUGGGAUGGUCGCUACGCACUGGUGGUCUGUGGUGACAUCGCAGUCUAUCCUGACGGUAAUGCCCGGCCUACAGGCGGGGCUGGAGCUGUGGCAAUGCUGAUUGGGCCCCACGCCCCUCUGGCCUUGGAGCAAGGGCUCCGGGGCACCCACAUGGAGAACGCGUAUGACUUCUACAAACCAAAUCUGGCCUCCGAGUACCCGCUGGUGGAUGGGAAGCUCUCCAUCCAGUGCUACUUUCGGGCACUGGAUCGAUGUUACACAGCAUACCGCCAAAAGAUCCAGAAGCAGUGGAAGCGAGACGGCAUCGACAGGCCUUUCACCCUCGACGAUCUGCAGUACAUGAUCUUCCACACCCCCUUUUGCAAGAUGGUCCAGAAAUCUCUGGCUCGCCUGGUGCUCAAUGACUUUCUGUCAGCCAGCGAUGAUACCCAAUCCAGCGUAUACAAGGGGCUGGAGGCCUUCAGGGGCCUGAAGCUGGAAGAUACCUACAACAACAAGGAAGUGGAUAAAGCUCUUCUGAAGGCCUCUCUGGACACGUUCAACAAGAAGACCAAGGCCUCCCUUUACCUCUCCACACACAACGGGAACAUGUACACCUCAUCCCUGUAUGGGUGCCUGGCCUCACUCCUGUCCCACCACUCUGCCCAGGAAUUAGCGGGCUCCCGGAUCGGUGCCUUCUCUUAUGGCUCUGGGUUAGCAGCAAGCCUUUUCUCCCUCCGUGUGUCCCAGGAUGCUUCUCCGGGCUCUCCUCUGGAGAAACUGGUGUCCAGCAUAUCAGACCUGCCAAAACGCCUGGCCUCCCGGAAGCGGAUGUCUCCUGAGGAAUUCACAGAAAUAAUGAACCAAAGGGAGCAAUUCUACCACAAGGUGAAUUUCUCACCACCCGGUGACACAAAGAACCUUUUCCCAGGCACUUGGUACCUGGAGCGAGUGGACGAGCUCCAUCGCAGGAAGUAUGCCCGGCGUCCCAUCUAGACGUGAUCAGUGCAGUUGUUUCUGGGAAGAGUGUGCUAGCAGAGUGUCUGCCCACAAAUCUUAUUUGCAAAUCUUGCUUGUAGCCGGUAACGGUAGCCCCUGCACACACCGCCCCUGUGGUGAGGAGCCAUCCUUCUUGGGUCCUUCGGCGCGUCUCCCUGCUGCAGUCACUGGCACAGGAUCGUGAUGGGAAGGGCCUGGGCCCCCUGUGAAAACGCAGAUGCAGGAAUGGAGAGGAGGCCCCCUCUCGUAUACCGGCCUCCAGAAACGUGGCGGAUCAGCUGUCUUCUUCACGAUCCACAAAAGUUUCCUAUCGUAUGUCAUGGUUUUAUUAGCAUUGACAAAUUCCUGAGUUGUUAUAGCUUUAUUCAUUUCCUAAGGUUUCCUGGAUAUUACUAAUACAGGCUACUUCAGAGGGCUGGUGGAAAAAUGGAAUUAAAAGGCAAACUUGUUUUGGUGCAAAAAAAUUGAAGUCUUUGCAUAAUACAUACCGUCCAUGAAUUUUUGAAGAUCCCUCAUAUGCAUGGAUUUCAAAAUUAUUUUUGCAUCCAGGGCAGGCAUUUGGUGCAGCAGCUAAGCCACUGCUUUGGACAUUCACAUUUUUCCAUAUAUGGGCUGUGGCCAGCAUGUGGGGAGUGAGCCAGCAGAUGGGAGAUUUCUGUCUGUCUCUCUCUAAGUGAAAUUUUUUAAAAAACAGCUUUUUGCAUUAAAAUGAAUUCAGCUUAUAAACCAUUUUCCAUGAACAUUUUGAUGUACUGUAAUAUAUGGCAAUUAAGAAGAGAGAAGGAGGGGCUGGCGCUGUGGCGAAGCAGGUAAAGCUGCCUCUUGCAGUGCUGGCAUCCCAUAUGGGCACCAGGUCGAGUCCCGGCUGCUCCACUUCUGAUCCAACUCUCUGCUGUGGCCUGGGAAGGCAAUGGAGGACAGUCCGAGUCCUUGGGCCCCUGCACCCACGUGGGAGACCCGGAGGACACUCCUGGCUCCUGGCUUCGGAAUGGCACAGCUCCAGCAGUUGUGGCCGGUUGGAGAGUGAACCAGCACAUGAAAGACCUCUCUCUCUCUGCCUCUCCUCUUUCUUUGUAACUCUGACUGUCAAAUAAAUAAACAAAUAUUUAAAAAAA